CGAGCCUGACGGCGUCGUCGCAGCAGAUCAGGAGACUUCGGCUCCGCUUGGAGGAACAUCGCCAGACUGUAUGGUGGAGAGCCGUUUCAUAUUUUUACCUUUUUCUGGGGACCGGCUGUAUGAUUAAGCUACAAUCUUCAAUGAGUAAGCAUAUCCCACAGUUCUGUGGUGUUCUGGGUCACACAUUUAUGGAGUUUCUGAAGGGCAGUGGGGACUACUGCCAGGCUCAGCACGCUGCCUAUGCAGACGAGUGAACAGCCAAACUCGCCAUCGAUCCGACGCACUUGAGCCACAGGAGGGACCCCGGAAAGUUGGCAGGACCGGGACGCCUCCCAGAACCAGCGACAACUCGGCCUGGAUGGGGUAACUCCACCCGCUGCACACUGCCCUCGUCGGCUUCCGCCUGGCCAGAAUCAAGGUGGAACCAGCCUUGUUUUUUUUUCUUCCUUUUCUUUUGUUUUAUUCCAAAGGAGAGGGUUUUGAGUUGUUUUCUGAUUGUCCGCCCUUUUUUCGGCCGCUAGCUCCCUAAAUUUCCACAUUUGCCCGUCGCAACCUUCGUUUUUAUUUUUUUGCCAACCUCGAAGAAGACCGGAGGAUUUCUGUUUCUGGGUUUCUAAAAGCUCAUCAGACAUUUUUGUUUGACAUUCCCUCCGAGUUCAACUAAGUGUUUACAUUAGUGUUUUUACUCUGUGGAAGACUUUUGUUAUUUUUUUACGUUGUCACCAUGGCUCGUAUGAACAGACCAGCCCCUGUGGAGAUCACCUACAAAAACAUGAGGUUCCUCAUUACCCACAAUCCCACCAACGCCACCCUGAACAAGUUCAUCGAGGAGCUGAAGAAAUAUGGAGUCACCACCGUUGUGAGAGUUUGUGAGGCCACCUAUGAUGCCACCCUGGUGGUCAAAGAGGGAAUCCAAGUUCUGGAUUGGCCGUUUGACGACGGAGCUCCCCCCUCCAACCAGAUCGUGGAUGAUUGGCUGAACCUGCUGAAGCUGAAGUUCAGGGAGGAGCCCGGCUGCUGCAUUGCUGUCCACUGUGUGGCAGGACUGGGGAGAGCUCCUGUUCUGGUCGCGCUAGCCUUGAUUGAAUGUGGGAUGAAAUAUGAAGAUGCUGUCCAGUUCAUUCGACAGAAGCGUCGAGGAGCGUUCAACAGCAAGCAGCUGUUCUACCUGGAGAAAUAUCGUCCAAAGAUGCGCCUGCGCUUCAAAGAUUCCAACGGCCAUCGCAAUAACUGCUGCAUCCAGUAGAGCCAAACCCUGAGCCACGCCAGCCCCCCAUUCAAUUCAACCCCGCUAGCUUAUUACCUGGCAGGCUUGUUUUCUUAGUCAUUGUGUUGAAGUAUUUUACUUUGGAAAACCAUGCUCGGUAAUUCAGACUGUCCCCUUCCUUUCUCCAGGUUCAAAAUCAAGUGUCCAAAAAAAAAAAAGAAAAGUAAAA